UCCUCCCGCGUUUCCAUGGUAGCGGGCGGCCCGGAGCGAGCCGGCAAAGUAGCGUCGGUGUCGCGCUGCCUGGCUGGGACUGCGCGGGAACCAGGCCGGCGGGACCACAGAAUGGGCUGAGGCGUCGACAGCUGGGCGAGGGGCGCGACGCCGGUCCGGGAUCCUGGGACGUCCGGGCGGAGGAGCGGGCGGGGCCGAGGCUUUGCCGGGACCCUGGGCCUGUUAAGGGGGCCCGUGCGGGGAGCGCGACGGUUGUGUGGGGACACUCGCUUAGUGGACGGGAACGUCAGUGUCAAUGGGAGCGACCGGCGGCGGGCGUGUCCCUAAGUUCUGUCGAGGGUUGGCGCCUCCCAAGAACACCUGACUGCCAAGCCGGCAUUUUCCACAGAUAAAAAGGCUCUGUGGAAAAGAUUCCCAUUACUUCUGUUUUUUAAUAUGUGAAAGUAUGGGUUUAUUGAGGAUACGCAUUAUCCAGCUUGAAUAAAUGAAAGUAUAAACGUUUAACAACUUUCAUUUUCUUUCCUUAUUUCUAUGAAGAAGUGGAAACCCAGUUUGAAAAAUGGAGAUGUAUGAAACCCUUGGAAAAGUGGGAGAGGGAAGUUACGGAACAGUCACGAAAUGUAAACACAAGGAGACCGGGCAGAUAGUGGCCAUUAAGGUAUUUUACGAGAAACCGGAGAAAUCUGUCAACAAAAUUGCAGCAAGAGAAAUAAAGUUUCUAAAGCAAUUUCGUCAUGAAAACCUGGUCAGUCUGAUUGAUGUUUUUAGACAGAAGAAGAAAAUUCAUUUGGUAUUUGAAUUUAUUGACCACACGAUAUUAGAUGAGUUACAGCAUUAUUGUCAUGGACUAGAGAGUAAACGACUUAGAAAAUAUCUCUUCCAGAUCCUUCGAGCAAUUGAAUAUCUUCACAAUAAUAAUAUCAUUCAUCGAGACAUAAAACCUGAGAACAUUUUAGUAUCCCAGUCAGGAAUUACAAAGCUCUGUGAUUUUGGUUUUGCACGAACACUAGCAGCUCCGGGGGACAUUUAUACAGACUAUGUGGCCACACGCUGGUAUAGAGCUCCAGAAUUAGUAUUAAAAGAUACUUCUUAUGGAAAACCUGUGGAUAUUUGGGCUUUGGGCUGUAUGAUCAUUGAGAUGGCCACUGGAAAUCCCUAUCUUCCUAGCAGCUCCGAUUUGGAUUUACUCCACAAAAUUGUUUUAAAAGUAGGCAAUUUGACACCUCACUUGCAGAAUAUUUUUUCUACGAGUCCCAUUUUUGCUGGGGUGGUCCUUCCUCAAGUUCAACAUUCCAAAAAUGCAAGAAAAAAAUACCCAAAGCUUAAUGGAUUGUUGGCAGAUAUAGUUCAUGCUUGUUUACAAAUUGAUCCUGCUGAGAGGAUAUCAUCUACUGAUCUUUUACAUCAUGAGUAUUUUACCAGGGAUGGAUUUAUUGAAAAAUUCAUACCAGAACUGAGAGCUAAAUUACUACAAGAAGCAAAAGUCAAUUCAUUCAUAAAGGCAAAAGAGAAUUCUAAAGAAAAUGAACUCAUGAAAGAUGAAAGAAAAACAAUUUACAUCAAUACACUGCUAAAUAGCUCAGUUUUGGAAAAGAAAAAGCCCAAGGAGAGCAAAGUCAGAGUUAUUAAAGUGAAAGGAGGAAAAGGAGAUAUCUCCAAACUGAAAAAGAUAGAGUAUGAAGGUGGACAUUGUCAGCAAGAUGCAAUCAAAAAUGCUCAUGCUCUGUCUCCAGAUAUGAAACCUGUAGUCAUUGAACCACCAAACCCUGUUAAUCCCAGCACUAAUGCUAAUGGCAUUAACGAAGGUCUACAUUCUGGAAGUUGUACGACAAUGCCACCCAUCAAUCUAACUAGCAGUAAUUUGGUGGCUGCAAAUCUCUCUUACCCCAAUUCAAGGUUAACUGAAAGAGCAAAAAAGAGACGGACUUCACAAUCCAUCGGACAAGUUAUAUAUAAUAGCAGGCAAGAGGAUACAGGUCCCACUCAAAGCCAAAUGGAGAGGGGUAUAUUUAAUGAGCGAACGGGUCAAAGUGACCAAAUGGCAAGUGGGAACAAAAGGAAGCUGAAUUUUUCCAGAUCUGACAAGAAGGAAUUCCAUUUUCCGGCAUUGCCUUUCACAGUGCAAUCAAAGGAUCUAAAAGGAAAGGAAGUUAAACAGGCAAAAAUGCUGAAGAGGGACUCAAAGAAAACAGGUUCAUAUAAAAUACCAACUUUAUUUAAUGUGGAUCAAAAUCAAGAGAAACAAGAGAAUACAGGAAAUGCACAAACUGAAAGGAAGAAGAACCCGUCAGAUGUAGAGUAGAAAAUGCAGCAGCUGAAAAUUCAGGGAAUCCCAGAAUCACUGUAUGGUUAAAAAAAAAAAAUCCUUUUUAUUAAUGUUACAUGUACAAAAAUGCUGACUAGAGAAUUCUACAGAUAUAUCAAAUUCUAUGUAGUUAUGUGUA